AUGCCAUCUGCUACUGAUACUCAGCAACAACAGCCACAACAGGAACAGCAACAGAAGCAAUCUCCAGAAGAUUGGUUUAGUCCGUUACCCUUGGAUGAAUAUCUCAAGAUUAAUGAAUUGGCAAGACAAAAUGUCCCCAAAACUAGACCAAUUGACCCUAAUGACAAGCUAGGUGAAUAUGACAUCAGAUGUGGUCCUACUUUACGUCUUGCUGGUACUUUAGAAGACGGCGCUUCUAAUUACAGAGGUUCACUCAUGUUGGUCGUUAAAGAUUGUCCCGAGGGUAAACCACCAUCAAUCACCUACAAGAUUGGACCAGCUUUGGAGUCGGUGACUAAUGGUGAAUUCUCAGCUGGUGAGUUCCCAGUAACCAAAUUUUAUGAAGAGGAUGGUUAUUCAUUCUUUAGAUAUACCAUUGAAUUGCAAUUGGUUCACUAUGAACAAAAAGUGCAGUACUAUAUUGACAAAUUUUUCAAAAAAUCAUUCCAAUUUUUUAUCCCUAGUGUUGACGAAAGUAUGAAUGUGAUUUCGUAUUCGUGUAAUGGGUUCACAUUGGCUUGUGAUGCAUCGGAAUUCAAAUCUUCACUUUGGUAUGAUGUAUUGGCAAAACAUUCAAAACAGCAUUACCAUGUGAUGUUGGGAGGUGGUGACCAAAUUUAUUCUGAUGCUAUCAAAUUACAUUCCAAGAAAUUGCAAGAAUGGACCAAGAUGACCAACCCUAUGAAAAAGAGACAUGCCCCUAUUGACGAUGAAAUUUUGGCAGAAUUUAAAAACUUUUAUUUGAAUCAUUAUAUGAAUUGGUUUGGAAAGGGAUUUUGGAAAGGAACUGCGUCUCAAGUUGUUGAAGCAUUGUUUCCCUUGUCAAUGUCACAAAUCCCCAUGGUCAACAUUUACGACGAUCAUGAUAUUAUUGAUGGGUUUGGAUCAUACCACGAUUCAACUAUGCUGGCACCAAUUUUCUCCACUGUUGGUAAUGUUGCAUACAAAUACUACAUGUUGUUUCAACAUCAUAUGAACCCAGAGGAAAAAUUGCACUUGAGUGAUCCUUCAUGGGUAUUGGGUAAAGAAGGUCCAUUUAUCAAACAAAAGAACCACUCAGUGUUUAUGAGAUUGGGUAAGGAGAUCAGCUUACUAGGAUUGGAUUGUCGUACUGAACGUAAAUUGAAACAAAUUUGUGAUCCUCAAACUUAUAAAAUAAUCUUCAACAAAAUGAAUGAAACAUUGAAAGCAAAUGGCGAUGUCAAACAUUUGUACGUCAUGCUUGGUGUACCCAUCUUUUACCCCAGAUUGGUAUGGUUAGAAUGGUUACUAACUUCCACGGCAAUGGCACCAUUGCGUAAAUUAGCCACAAAGGGAGUCAUAAAUAAAGGUUUGGUCAAUGAAUUUGAUGGUGAUGUUGAAGUUUUGGACGACUUGAAUGAUCAUUGGUGUUCCAAAUACCAUAAACGUGAACGUAAUAAAUUAAUCAAAGAUUUAAUGGAUUUCGGUGCUAAAAAGGGAAUCAGAAUCACUAUUUUAUCAGGUGAUGUUCAUUUAUGUUGUAUUGGUAGAAUGAAGUCCAAGUAUCACCAUCAUCCCAAUGCUCACAUUUUACAAGGAGCCAAAGAAGUUGAGAAAUUGAAUAAAGAUUUAACUACUCAUCCUGAAAAUGAUCCACGAUUAAUCUUUAAUGUCAUCUCAUCAGCAAUAGUCAAUGCACCCCCACCAGAUGCCAUGGCAACAUUGUUGAAUAAACGUAGUGGAAUUCAUCAUUAUAAUCAGGAUACUGAUGAAGAUGUGGUGCCUAUUUUCCUCAAGGAUGUUGAUGGAUCGCUGAGAAAUAAUCAUCAGUUUUUGAACAAAAGGAACUGGUCAGAUUUAGUAUUGGCUAAGCAAUCAGUCGAAUAUAAAACGCUAUUCGCUGGUGCUGCGCAAACUGAGGCAGAUGCAGCAGAAGUAGCUGAAGCAGAGGAAGCAGCUACAGCAGAUGCCGUUGAAGCUGAACCAACAGCUAAUGGCAACCACCACAAAGACACCUCUGCCUCCUCCUCUUCUUCAGUGUUGAGAAAAUACCCACAACCAGUGAUUGAGGGUCAACACAACUCAAAAGAAGGUGAUUUCUUACACGACCAAAAACCGAAUGAACGGUUUAUCAAGUAUCCAUUAUUUGGUGAUUCAGUGGUGACUUCACUCCGUGUCGAAGUGGAUCCUGCUGAUUUGGCUAGCAAGUCAACUGCGUAUGAGGUGUUUAUACCUCCUUUGAUUGGCAGUUACAAAUUGGGCCGAGCACCUGUUAAACAUGUUGAUGUUUAA